AUGGGUUCUAAUAAAGCCAUAAUUAUUUCUAAAAUUAAAGCUGAUUUAGAUUUAUCAGUAUCAAAAUCUACUGUUUUAAGAGCAAUUAAAGAAGAUAAUAAUCUUGUUUAUAAAAAAAUGAGACAGAGUCCGAAUUUAAAGGAAGUGCAUAAAUUA